AUGGCCACCUCCACCAUGUCUGUCUGCUCUGACGCUUGCACCAACUCCUCUUGGCAGGUGGACGACUGCCCAGAGAGCUGCUGUGAGCCUGGCUGCUGUGCCCCCAGCUGCUGUGAGCCUGGCUGCUGUGCCCCCAGCUGCUGUGUCCCCAGCUGCUGUGCCCCAGCCCCCUGCCUGACCUUCAUCUGCACCCCAGUGAGCUGUGGGUCCAGCCCCUGCUGCCAAUCUGCCUGUGCUAGCUCCUGUGGACCCUCAUGCUGCCAGCAGUCUAGCUGCCAGCCCUCAUGCUGCCACUGCUCUCCUUGCCAACCAUCCUGUUGCAUGACCCUGUGCUGCAAGCCUGUCUGCUGCACACCCAUCUGCUCUGGAUCCUCCUCAUGCUGCCAGCAGUCUAGCUGCCAGCCCUCAUGCUGCCAGCCAUCCUGCUGUGUGCCUCCAUCCUGCUGCAUGACCCUGUGCUGCAAGCCUGUCUGCUGCACACCCAUCUGCUCUGGAUCUUCCUCAUGCUGCCAGCAGUCUAGCUGCCAGCCCUCAUGCUGCCAGCCAUCCUGUUGCGUGCCUGUCUGCUGCAAGCCUGUCUGCUGCAAGCCCUGCUCCAGCGUGUCCCUGCUCUGCCGCCCUGUGUGCAGACCUGCCUGCUGUGCCUCCUCCUGCCAGUCCAGCUGCUGCAAGCCCUGCUCCAGCAUGUCCCUGCUCUGCAGCCCUGCCUGCUCCCGCCAGGCCUGCUGUGGCCUCUCGAGCUGCUGCUGA